AUGGCGGCUUGGGAAUCGGCGCUGGUGCUGCUGUUGGCGGGGAUUGUGCUGACUGCUGAGUGGGAAGGAGGAGGGAGCGGCCUGAUUGUAUCUCUGCCCCCAGGCUGUAAGCUGGCCGCCAAGUCCCAGGGAUCAGGCAGGAGUGCGGCCACAGAAGCAGGGAAAGUUGUGUGCCUCGGCCUGGGAGCUGCCAGGAGCCUUCCCUUGGGGCCCUUACCGAAUAGGACCAGCAGCCUGAUUCUCAACAACAAUAAGAUUAGCGAAUUAAACAAUGGUUCCUUUGAGGGUCUAAGCUUCCUCGAAAGACUAGAUCUCAGAAAUAACUUGAUCAGUUCUAUUGAGCCUGGAGCAUUCCUCGACCUUGUGUCUCUGAAACGAUUAGAUUUAGCCAGUAACCGGAUUGGAUGCCUUAAUGCAGACAUAUUCAAAGGCCUCACAAAUUUAGCAAAGCUAAACCUUUCAGGCAAUAUGUUUUCCUCAUUGGCACAAGGAACCUUUGUAAAUCUGUCUUCGUUAAAAUCACUAGAGUUUCAAACGGAUUUCCUUCUGUGUGACUGUAACGUUCUAUGGAUGCUGCGCUGGAUUAAAGAGAAAAAUAUAACUGUCCGUGAGACUAGAUGUGCCUAUCCCAAGUCUCUCCAAGGGCAGCCAAUAACAUCUCUGAAACAAGAGCAGCUGACCUGCGAAUCUCCGCUUGAGCUUCCAUCUUUUUACAUGACCCCGUCCCAUCGGCAGGUUGUCUUCGAAGGGGACAGCCUUCCUUUCCAGUGCAUGGCAUCCUACAUUGAUCAGGAAAUGCAAGUUUUAUGGUACCAAGAUGGCAAAAUUGUGGAAACCGAUGAAUCGCAGGGUAUAUAUGUUGAAAAGAACACAAUCCACAACUGCUCGUUGAUAGCAAGUGCACUUACAAUUUCCAAUAUCCAAGCGGGCUCCACUGGCAACUGGGGAUGUCAAGUCCAAAGCAGACGGGGUAAUAACACCAGGACAGUGGAUAUUGUAGUGCUGGAGAGCUCUGCUCAGUACUGCCCGCUCGAAAGGGUGAUAAACAACAAAGGAGAUUUCAGGUGGCCGAGAACAUUGGCAGGCAUCACUGCAUACCUUCUCUGUACCCGCUACUCUGCUGGAAGCGGCAUAUAUCCUGGCAACCAACAAGAUGACAGAAGAGCCUGGCGUCGAUGUGACAGGGGGGGAUUUUGGGCAGAGGACGACUAUUCCCUGUGCCAGUAUGCAAAAGAUGCUACUCGGGUCCUUUUUAUGUUUAAUCAGAUGCCUCUUAAUCUCACAAAUGCAGUGGCAACGGCAAGGCAGUUACUGGCGUACACGGUGGAAGCAGCAAAUUUUUCAGACAAGAUGGACGUGAUCUUCGUUGCAGAAAUGAUUGAAAAAUUUGGGCGGUUUGCUGAAAAAUACAAAGAGCUGAGUGAUGUGAUGGUGGACAUAGCAAGUAAUAUAAUGCUGGCUGAUGAGCGCAUAUUGUGGAUGGCUCAGAAAGAUGCAAAAGCGUGCAGUCGAAUAGUGCAGUGUCUGCAGCGUAUAGCUACCUAUCGACUGGCCAAUGCAGUUCAAGUUUACUCCACGUACUCUCCAAACAUUGCUUUAGAGGCGUACGUGAUAAAAUCUGCUCUUUUCACUGGAAUGACCUGCACUGUUUUUCAAAAAGUUGCUGCUGCAGACCGGACAGUUCAUGCUGACUUUGGCCGACGAGAUCUAGAUGGCAGCUUGGAUAAGCAACUAAGCUUCAAGUGCAACGUGUCUAACACCUUUAGCAGCUUAGCGUUAAAGAACACGGUUGUGGAGGCUUCUAUUCAACUUCCAUCUGCACUUUUGCCCAAAGAGAAACGAGAACGCAGAGCAAUGGACGAGUCUUUCUACAAGCUUCAGCUAAUUGCAUUCCGGAACGGAAAGCUCUUCCCCACCACAGGGAACUCCUCGCACCUUGCUGAUGAUGGGAAGAGGCGAUUAGUGGUCACACCUGUCAUUCUUGCCAAACUAGACGGGCCGAAUCGAAAUAUCCCUGCUGUUCCAAUUAAUUUAACUCUGAGGCGCUUUUCUCAUGGGAAGGAUGCGGUUGCAGCUCAGUGGGAUUUUGAUCUGCUCAAUGGGCAAGGUGCAUGGAAAUCAGAAGGUUGCCGUAUAAUUGCGUCCGAUGAAAACAUAACAACGAUCCAGUGCUCGUCUCUCGGCAACUACGCAGUACUAAUGGACCUUACUGGAACAGAGAUAUACAGCCACCCAGUCACCUUCUUGCAUCCUGUGGUGUACGCUUCUGCCAUUGUCCUACUCUUGUGCUUAUUGGUGUUUAUCAUUAGUUACUUAUACUUCCACAGUAUGGUACGAGUUAGCCUUAAAAGCUGGCACAUGUUGGUUAACCUCGGUCUUCAUGUAUUCCUGACCUGUGCUGUAUAUGUGGGAGGUAUAAAUCAGACCAGAUAUGCCAGCAUAUGUCAAGCGGUUGGAAUCCUGUUACAUUAUUCCACACUUGCUACUGUACUUUGGGUGGGAGUAACGGCUCGCAAUAUAUAUAAGCAAGUCACCAAAAAGGCCAAGAGAUGUCAAGACCCGGACGAUUUGCCCCCUCCCCCUAGGCCAAUGCUCAGGUUUUAUCUCAUUGGCGGAGGAAUCCCCAUAAUUGUAUGUGGCAUAACAGCAGCUGCAAAUAUAAAGAACUAUGGAAGUCAACCCAACGCCCCCUACUGCUGGAUGGCAUGGGAACCAAGUCUGGGUGCUUUUUACGGUCCUGCAAGUUUCAUUGUGUUUAUCAAUUGUAUGUACUUCCUCAGCAUAUUCGUUCAACUGAAGCGUCAUCCUGACAGGGUAUUUGAGCUCAAGGAACAGACGGAGGAGCAGCAGCGAUUAGCAGCAAGUGAAAGUGGCGAAGGGAAUCAGCAAGACUCUCUUUCAGUGUCCAUAGUGUCUACUUCAGCUUUAGAGAAUGAACAGACCUUUCAGGCACAGCUUCUCGGUGCCAGCCUUACUUUAUUUCUCUUUGUGUCUCUCUGGAUAUUUGGGGCAUUGGCUGUCUCCUUGUAUUACCCCAUGGAUUUGGUAUUCAGCUGCUUCUUUGGUGUAAGCUGUUUAAGCCUUGGUGCUUUUUUAGUCGUACACCAUUGUAUGAACAGAGAAGACUUGAGGCGGGCUUUAUUGAAUACUUUCUGCCCUGGGAGGAGUACGUAUUCAGUGCAAGUUAAUGUUCCACCAUCAAAUUCUGCUGGGAGUAAUGGUGAUGCUGCAAAGUGUACGAACAGCAGUGCUGAGUCUUCUUGCACAAAUAAGAGUGCCUCAAGCAUUAAGAACUCUUCACAAGGCUGUAAACUGACUAAUUUGCAAGCAGCAGCAGCUCAAUGUAACACUAAUCCUUUGCCUGUAGCGGCAGCCCCUCAGCUUGAUAACAGUCUAACAGAACAUUCGGUGGACAAUGACAUUAUAAUGCACGUUGCUCCUGUUGAGGUCCAGUACCGGCCCAACGGUCACCCGUCCCGACAUCACAAAAACCGAAGUAAAGGACAUCGCUCCAGUAGGCUUACAGUUCUUAGAGAGUAUGCCCAUGACGUUCCUACAAGCGUGGACGGAAGCGUUCAAAAUACUGUGCCAAAAGCCAGACAGAGCUAUGCAGAAGGCCAUUCGAGGAGCCGGAGAGCUUACUUAGCGUACAGAGAGCGCCAUUUUAACCAGUGCCACCAAGACAGUAGUGAUGCUGGUAGCACACUUCCCAGAUACAGCAGGAACCUAGAAAAGGUUGCCUCCAACAACAACAAAAAGGACAUUUUGAGAGAGCCAAUUGCUGUUGAACUUGAGAGCCAACAGAAAUCUUAUGGUUUAAAUCUGGCAGUGCAGAACGGCCCAGCUAAAGAUGGCGUUGCAGAAGAUCCUCCAAUAAAUGCAGACACUAAUGGGAAUGUCAAAACUGGUCUCUGGAAACAUGAAACUACUGUGUAGUAUUGUCCUUUUUUCCCUAGUCUUGGCAUGUCCACCAGAGGCCUUUCCACUUUCCAUGGAUUACAAAUCCAGUCAUCGUCAGCAGGGAUGUCCAAGCGAGAGCUAUCUGAUGGUGUGGUGGUUGGGACAUUGAUGUCCAUGUUCUUCACUAAGAGCUGGGCACCUAUAAUGUUCUCUAGACUUCCUUCUGCCUAUGGCUUAAGGUUGUGAGGUACUUCAGAACAAAAUACUGCCUGACCUUAUCCUGGGUUUGAGCCAAUCCUCCUACAGACUCUUCAAAAUGAAAUGUUUACAGAACUUUUGUAUAUGUACGUUUUUAUGGGAGACAAUGACCUUUGAAGAAUAAUGUUCUUUCUUACUCUGAAUCACUUUUUGUCAAAAUGAUACUAUGUUCAAGUGUGAAUUUUAUUAUUUUUUUACCAUUUUUAAAGAUAACUGAAGAAAAAAACAACUUUUGUAUUUUUUUGACAUAUUAUGAAUGCCCUGUUGCAAGACAGAUUUGUAUUUAAGUGUGUAAUAAACGGCGUUUAUCAUCGUCCCAUAAUUUAAAA